AUGAAAACAUGUGUCGUCUCGCUUCGUCAGGACCCUGAAUGUGGAUUGUGGGAGAGGCUUGUUCUCUAUAAAAUAUGGACUUCCCAAAAGCUCCGCUCUGUGGUGUCUGUGGGGUCGCUUUCGGUUUUUCUCGCUCUGGUUGUUAAAUGUGUUGACUGGGAGACUGAACCUGGUAGUGACAGACCGUCUGCGUCCUUCAUUCAUUUUCUAUCCAGCUGCGCGGGGGAGCUAUUGCUAACUUUGUGGCAUGUUAUCUCGCCCGUUUUUACCCUUGCAUGUGCCUUCUUCUGGGUCGGGCUGUAUCUAAUCCGGUGUGGGAUAUGCAUUAAAACUUCUCUCUUCCUUCUCACCGUGUGCCACUUGGGCGAAGCCGCGGCGCGCUGCUUGUUUGACGGGGCGAAUGGUCAGACGUUCUCCCUUGCGUCUGCCGUGGUGGUGCUCGCCUGCUUGGCAAGCAGCGCACUCAUGGUGCUUAGACUCAAACAGGGGGUCUCCGUCAUCAUUUUCAUCAGUGUCCUCAGGACUAUUUCACUGAUAUCUCUGAACAAAGUACGCGGAGCCUGGAGACCUUACUUGGCAUACCUGGUCGGAGUGCUUGGAAUCUUACUAGCGAGGUAUGCUGACAAGGUAUUUCCGAAAGAAGGGAUUCACAGGGAGGGUUGUACCUCCGUGACUGGGUCGAAGGAAGAGGUCCCUGUAUUUAAAAGGCGAAGGAGGUCCAGCUCUGUAAUAUCCUCAGACAUGGCUCACAGUCAGUCCAACAGCAAGUCACACAGGAGGACUUCAUUGCCAUGCUUACAAAGAGACCAGAUCCUUUCCCACUCGGAAUGGGAGCACAAGCGGGGCUCCAGAGGAUCCCAGUCCUCGGGCAGCAGUGUGACGGUGGACAUCGGCGUGAUGGGGGAGGCCCACGGCAUGAUCACGGACCUACUCGCCGACCCGUCGCUGCCGCCCAACACCUGCAGCUCCCUGCGGGCCGUCAGCAACCUGCUCAGCACGCAGCUCACCUUCCAGCCACUGCACCGGCCGCGACUCAGUCAGCUGGCCCUGCCCACCGGCGAUGCCCACGCCUGCUCCGACUCUGAGGAGGGCACGGAGAAGAGCGAGAAGCUCUCCAUUCCAAAACGCCUGAAGCGUAGUUUACCCCCCGGUCUGCUGCGGAAGAUCUCGUCCACCUGGACCACCACCACUUCGGCCACAGGGCUGCCCACCAUUGAGCCGGCGCCAGUGAGGCGAGACCGCAGCGCCACAGUCGUGCUGAAAGACAGCCCUGCGUCCGAUGAUCCAGUGGUGGCGUUGUCUGACUAUGAGAGCAUGGCGGAGGCCAACCACAGUGACAGCAGUGACCAGGGCCACAGUGAGGAGCCGCCCGACGGGGCCCAGAGAGCCACGGACACCCCCGACAGCUGCAGGAGCCACCGCUCCCAGAGCCUCAUCCUGCACCCUCUCAUCCCCGCAGAGGACAAGCCCAUCUUGGCUCCGGAGCCUCUGGUGAUGGAGGGCCUGGAGUCGCUGAUGAGUCAGAUCAACAACUGGAACUUCCCCAUCUUCAGCACGGUGGAGAAGACCCAGGGCAGGAGCGGCCGCAUCCUCAGUCAGAUCUCCUAUAGGCUGUUUGAGGACACGGGGCUCUUUGAGAUCUUCAAGAUUCCGGUGCCAGAGUUCAUGAAUUACUUCCAUGCCCUGGAGAGUGGCUACAGAGACAUCCCCUACCACAACCGGAUCCAUGCCACAGACGUGCUGCAUGCUGUGUGGUACCUCACCACGCAGCCCGUGCCUGGCCUGCCCAGCCUCCUCCCUGACCACAGCUCUGCCAGCGACUCUGACUCGGACAGCGGCAUCACCCACAGCCACAUGGGCUACUUGCUGUCGAAGACCUACCCGGCCUCGGAGGAGGGCUACGGGUGCCUCUCGGGCCUCAUCCCCGCGCUGGAGCUGAUGGCGCUGUACGUGGCGGCGGCCAUGCAUGACUACGACCACCCCGGCAGGACCAACGCCUUCCUGGUGGCCACCAGUGCCCCCCAGGCUGUACUGUACAAUGACCGCUCUGUUUUGGAGAACCAUCACGCUGCAGCCGCCUGGAACCUCUUCCUGUCCCAAUCUGAGUACAACUUCCUGGGGAACCUCAACCAUGUGGAUUUCAAGCGCUUUCGCUUCCUGGUCAUCGAGGCCAUCCUCGCCACUGAUCUGAAGAAGCACUUUGACUUCCUGGCUGAGUUCAAUGCCAAGGUGGGCCAUGAUGUAGGCACAGGUAUCAAUUGGUCCAAUGAGAAUGACAGACUCCUGGUUUGCCAAAUGUGCAUCAAGUUAGCUGACAUCAAUGGGCCUCUCAAGUGUAAGGACCUUCAUCUGCAGUGGACGCAAGGAAUCGUCAACGAGUUCUACGAACAGGGUGAUGAAGAGUCCAGCCUGGGUCUCCCCAUCAGCCCCUUCAUGGACCGCUCCGCCCCCCAGCUGGCCAAGCUGCAGGAGUCCUUCAUCACGCACAUCGUGGGGCCGCUCUGCAGCUCGUACGACUCCGCCGCCCUCAUACCAGGCCGCUGGGUGGCGCCCCCAGGAGGCGGGGGGAAGGAGUGCGGGGACGGCGGGCCAGAGGCCGAGGUUCCGGCCGAGGAGGAGGAGGAGGAGGACACGGCGGAGGAGGAGGAGGAAGAGGAAGACAGCCCGGGCCCUAAGAAGAAGAAGAAGAAGAAGAAGCAGUGCCGAAAAGUGUUCUGUCAGAUCACCCACCACCUGCUGGAGAACCACGAGAUGUGGAAGAAGGUGAUCGCUGAGGAGGAGCAGAAGAAGGAGGAGGAGGAGCACGCCAACGAUGUGCCGCUCCUCAACAACCCCGCUGAGCCAAUCACCGAGGAGGAGGAGGAGCUCGGGAGCAAGGAGGAGCCCGCCGAGGGGGAAGAGGGCCUCACCAGCCCGGAGGAGGAGGAGGAGGAGGAGGAGGAGGAGGCCGCCGACUCGCUACAGCCAGAGGAGGAGACUGCCGUCGUGGAGGAAGAGGAGGAGGAGGUGCGGUCCGAGGCACCGGAGGAGUGA